AUGGCGGACAACCCCAUCCCUGGCGACAAAUAUGUCCGUACACUCUCUCACUACCUCCGCUCAAACCAGCGUAGACUGCUCCCACCAACACCGCCACCAGUCCCCGCCAUACCCGCCUCCCUCGCCGCCACCACCGCCGCACAAGCCCGCUCCCUAGUCACCCCUGCCGACCCCAUGGCCGCCGCAUACGAAAACAUGAUUUCCUCAAUAUGGUCCGCCACCGCAGCAGUCGUCAACUCCAUCACCCCUCUAACAGACAGACCCCUCUCGCCUCAGGAACGAGAUAUCUACACUGGCGCAUGGGACGGCACUGGAGCUAUCCUCCCUGACUCGAACCCAUCCGAACGUCAACUCUACCUCUCAGCCCAGCUUCGCUCACCCAUCCUCCCCCUCGACCUCUACUACCUCCUCUACCUGCUCGAGCGGUUUGAACAGGUCGGAAUCGACCUCGAAGGCUGGAAAGGCACCACUGUCAAACCCGUGGGAGACUCGAAACCGCGCGUCAUCAUGCAGGACAACUCCCAAAAGAGACACUCAAUUGCCAUUGUCGCUCCCGCUGGCGUGAACAACUCGGGCCUCCCCAACUCUACCGGCUUUUCUCCCUUCCAACCCCCCGCAGCAGCAACUAACGGCGGGAAUGCAGCUACUACUUCUGGUCAGAAAUCCAGCAGACCUGAAUCUAUUCGCUCCUUCCAGUCUGCUGCCCUGUCGACGUUGACUUUGAUCACAGGGUGGAAGCAGUGGUCAACGGCAGCCAAUUCGGGCUCGAGCAACCUCACCAUAACCGACGACAUCCAUUUUAUUCAAAAGUUUAUGCGACACAUACCCAGUCUGAGACUCUGUGCCAAGAUACCGCCAGGAGACCAGUUUCAGGGCAAGGGCAGGAUCGAAGGCUUUCAGGCAGAGGCCAUCCUGACUCUGUUCAACCACGGACGCCCAGUACCAACACAAGGCAGCAGCAGCAGUACCAGUAAAAGCGGCAACAACGGGGAUUCUACUUCCAACGGCGACGAUACACUCCUCUUGCUCCCCCUUGCUGCAACCUUCCCAGCUCUCACACAUUUGGAAUUGCAUAAAAUCCCUCCAGAUUGUGUCGAAGGAUGGGAAGUGUUGAUGAAACAGCUCAAAUCCCUGGUCAUCAUUCAGUCAGGCAUAGAAGACGUGUACGACAUCAUGGUCAAGUCGGUGAUCGAUAGCGAGCGUCGCAGGCGUCAACGAAUAUCGCGGGAGAAGAGUCGGGCCGUCCUAAUCAAGAAGGAGCAACAGGAGGCGCUCAAGGACGCCGCAUUGACUUCGCAAGAGCUCGCAAUCGACCCUACUCCGCAAGACGGGACCGCCAGUAACGGAUCUGCUUCGUCUUCAUCGGACGCAUCAGGAGCAGGAUCAGAUUCUUUGGAAUCGGACGCAGUGAUCUUGUCCUCCCUCAAGAUGUGGCCUCUCCUCCGCCAUCUCUCUCUCUCGGACAACUCGCUCCCUACAUUGGCGCAUUACGACACUUUUGUUCACACUCAGUCGAUCGUCAGUCUGGACCUCUCGCACAACCUGUUCCUCUCGCCGCCCUCAGCGCUUAUUCACCUGCACAACCUGCACAACUUGAAUCUGUCUUACAACAUGAUUUCGGGUGUUCAGUCGAUUUAUCAGAUUCUAGGAAACAUUGCUAUCCUCGACUUGCGUGGCAACCGUCUGGAGAGCCUCUCAGGACUGGAGAGACUCUGGAAUCUGGAGAAAGUGGAUGUCAGAGAGAACCACCUGGACGAGGCUGCCGAAGUGGGCCGCUUGGCCGCCCUGCCCGGUAUCCGCGAGGUGUGGUCACAGAGGAACCCGUUCUGCAUGAUCCAGCCCAAAUAUCGUCUGGAGAUUCUUGCAGUGUUUAAGGCAAAUGGACAUGAUCUUAUGUUGGAUGGAUCAUUUGCGUCGUUUAACGAGAAGCGCCUGCUUGCGAACAUAAGCCCGACUUCAUUCUCGACAACCAUCUCCAGUAUCAACAAUGUGGCGAAUAUACCCUCUGCAUCUGCGCCCAUUGCCACCUUUGCCAAGGAGCUUGUCCGUCCCGAGCCCAUCCGCCAUUCUCGAGCACUAUCCUCCAAUGCAGACGAGGUCCUGAAUGCUGCUACGUUAUCGCCUCCUGGCGCCAGUAGCUCGUCACCCGUUCCCAAACUGGCGAAAAAGAAGCUCGUUAAAUCAACGAAACGACUCGAGCGUGUCGUCAAUCUGGACAGCAACCACGUAGGGGAGGCCGUGCCGCCAGGAGCAGACGAUGAUGUCAAAGGGGUGAGGAACCUGGAGAGCGACGAAGACAACGGUAGCGGUCAGUUGCCAGAGUCCAAGCUCGCAUCGCCUGUUGUUCCUGGCAAGAAGAAGAAAAAGAAGGUGACAAAGUCAUCGCCUGCUGAGGGAGCUGGAGAGUCAAAGGAUGUUGGCCAUGGAAACGGCGAGCUGAAGGAGAAGGAAAAGAUCAAGAAGAGGGUUCCCAAGAAGAAGGUUGUGGCUGGUGUGGCUGCGGCGGCAACAGCCAGCGUGGCAGAGGUUGGUGCGCCUGUGGCUGUGAGUUUUGCAGGGGACGAGGAGGAUCCUACGAUCGACCAUUCUCUCUGCCAAGACGAUCACCACGUUCAUCGACAUCGUUUGGCCCAUCUGGAAAAGUCGAUUGCUUCCAGGCAAUUGGAACGAGCUCAUACAUCGUUCGCGCCACUUGUGGCACCCCUGGCAACAGCUCCAUCCCAGCACCAACGACACCCCUCCAGAGGCAUUUUGAAACGCAACCCGACGAUGCCUGUCAACGGCAGUGGCGCGAUCUCGCCCAGAAUGAGGCCCUCCUCGCCGAUUGGAUCGUUUUGUUCGGAUGAUGGUGGUGCGGAUGGCUAUCGAAGGAGGAUUGAGGCGAUGCGCAACGAGGCAGGCAAGAACUGGCUGAUGGUCUUGGCAGAGAUGGACAAGGAUAUUGUGCAGCAGGAGGAGUAUGCACGCGAGAACAAUUCUCAUUAA